AUGAUGAAGAGACGGUUGUUUGCAGCCACAGUUCAACAAGAUGCCAUUAACGCCAUGUUCUUCAGCAGCAGGCUGUUGAAGUUUGCAAAGCUUUUGAGGAGAGGAAGACGGGUUUUCGUGGUUUUGUUGCUGUUAGGUUUCUUGUCGGUGAUGGCAAAGUUUUCUUUGCAGCUGAAUGCAUUUCAGGAUGAGGGAACGGUGCAACAUAACAUAGUUAGUGAAGGUGACGAGAGUGAUAAUGUAGCUCUGAAACAGAGUUCCAGUCAGACUGGUGAUAUCUGGACGCAACCAAACAGUGAAAACUACUACAAAUGCAUUAUUCGAACAAAGAAGGAUCUACUGAAACAAAAUGCAACAAAUGGCUAUAUUAUGAUCAAGGCCAAUGGUGGGUUGAAUCAAAUGAAGCUCGGGAUAAGUGAUAUGGUUGCCGUAGCAAAACUUAUGAAUGCCACUCUUGUUCUCCCUUCUUUAGAUCACACAUCCUUUUGGACCGAUCCAAGUGAUUUCAAAGACCAUUUCAACUGGAAGAAUUUCAUGGAAGUCUUAAAAGAUGAUAUAAUGAUUAUAGAGUCACUUCCACACGAGCUUGCAAACCUGAAGCCUCUCCUCAGGGCUCCGAUUUCCUGGUCCAAGGCUAGUUACUACAGAGGAUAUAUGUCUUCGUUAUUGAAGCAGUACAAAGUGCUCAAAUUCAUUUACACAGAUUCCAGAUUAGCUAAUAAUCUUGGAGGUUCAUUCCAAAGACUAUGCUGCCGUGCAAUGUUUGAGGCACUGAGAUUCUCACCUGAAAUCGAACACCUAGCAAUGAAGUUGGUUAACAGAUUAAAGAGCAACAAUAGUAGAUACAUUGCUCUCCAUUUAAGAUAUGAAAAGGGCAUGCUUUCUUUCACAGGCUGCAGUCACAAUCUGACCAAAGAUGAAGAUAGAGAACUCGCAAAAAUAAGGAAACAAACAACUCGCUGGAAGCAUAAGACGAUCAAUGGCACCCGUCAUAGACUCCUAGGGGUAUUAUGCCCUAUGACCCCAAGAGAGGUUGCUGUGUUUCUACAAGCAAUUGGGUUUCCUUCAGAUACUAAAGUUUAUGUAGCUGCUGGGGAGAUAUGCGGGAGAGAUGGGAAUAGACCUCUGAAGGAUAAGUACCCCAAUUUAUACUUCCACUCAAAUUUAGCGACUGAAGAAGAGCUGCAUCCUUUCAAGAACUUUCACAACCAGCUUGCUGCCUUGGACUACAUUGUGGCUUUGUAGAAUGAUGUGUUCGUUUAUUCUUUUGAUGGCAAUAUGGCUAAAACAGUCAAAGGGCAUCGACGAUUUGAAGGGUUUUGGAAGACGAUCAAUCCCAACAAACAACAAUUCGUGUCAUUGAUUGAUAAGUUGGACAAGGGAACGAUAUCUUGGGAAAAAUUCUCAUCCAAGGUGAAGAAGUUGCAUGAAAAUAGGAUUGGAGCACCAUACUUCAGAGUAGCCACAGGUGGCCACAAACUUGAGGAUAACUUUUACUCAAGUCCUUUUCCGGGUUGCAUCUGUGAAAGGUUCCGAGCCUCAUCAACCGUACGUAGCUAA